AGAGAGUUAUCACGACACUCCACAGAGUACAGAGCGCUUCCAACCUGAACCCACAUAAAAAGCCUAGGCCAUCUGAGCUGCAGAUCCGCCAUACUACCUUAUUCAAGACUCACGAACAUCAUGCAAUAACAGAUCAGAUGCAUUCCAGCAGGAAGAUUAUUCCACCAUACAUCAUACCCAACUUGCCUCCCGAUCGUUCUAGUCUGUCUUGAAAUCAGAAGCAUUCCCAUCCUACUCAUAUCGCAACUGUUUGUAACCGCUUCUACCACAGUUCUUCUCCUACAACUGGGCGUUGGACCUGUGGAUACUUGGCCAAGCUCAGCAGCUCACAAUGGAUAUGAACAAUGAUAAUGACAUUAUCAUGACUGGUGGACGUGAGGUUGAAGCGGAGCCGAUGGAGAUGGACGACAGCAGUUUUGCUCCUGGCCGUUCACGCAGAUGGCACGGACAUAUGCCGCCUAACAACUUGCCCAUCUACGGUCACCCCGAAGACAUACGCGAGUCCUCAGAGACACGCGAGCGGAGACAUGCAGCGAUAAGCAUUCUAAAUGACCCAGAGCUCUUGAUGUUUCAUGCUCUUUCUAGCAAUGAAGUAUGCACCCACAUAUCCACCCUGCUCUCUCUAUCUCUCCCUCUUUUUUGUUCCUCCGAGAAACAAGGAAACGAGGAUCUAAAGAGCCGGACGGGAGUGGUCUUACGGAAGGCUGCCUCGUUUUGGGUGGCACGCAGAAAAAAGAAGAAGAAAAAGAAGAGAGCUAAACCCAUAUCUCUCCAGUCUAUCCCCCAAACCCGCCGCCGCUUCCUCCACCACCUAAUCGGCAUCACACCGCCAACUACUCGCCCUUUCGCGAUCCGCGACCUGUCGCGAUACCGUUCGGAAGACUCGCACCAUGUAUAUGUCCGCCGGCAACCGCAAUCAAGCAGCCACGAUCAUCACGGUUCCGGCAGCAACAGAUCUGGCUAUACAGCCUAUGAACAGGCACCCACGAUGAUCGAUAUUAUUGAAAUCAACGGCGGCUGGGAAACGGAUGCUGAAGGCGAGGGAGCCGCGAAUAAGUCGAGGAAUGGUUCGUCGACGUGUGGAAGUGCUAGAAGCGGAGGGGGGGCUAGCCCGGGGCCUUCUGGUAGAGUGAAAGGGAAGGGAAGAGGCUAAGCUAAGGCUUGAUGGUCAUGUCGUUAAGAGGUCACAAGGUCCCCAGGGAGUAUGGGAGUAUUAUGGCGUUGAGAUAUUCGUAAGAAACAAGGAUUAGGUUCUGGGUAUUCU